AUGGCGGUACUGUGGUCCUUGUGCUCCCGCGCCGUGGCUGCUGCGCUGCUGUGCCUGCUGGUGGCUCACGGCAGCAACUGCGCCAAGCACAACAAUGGUGGUGGUAGUUCCGGCGGAAAGAGCCACAAGCAGGGCGGACGAGGAGGCCAUGCCCAUGCCGCCCCGACCCCGUCUCCUUCUCCUCCGCCGGCGGCUCCACCUGGUGGUGCUGCUGGUACAGUCCCGCCGCCCGUGUACCCGACCCCGUCUCCUUCUCCUCCGCCGGCGGCUCCACCUGGUGGUGCUGCUGGUACAGUCCCGCCGCCCCUGUACCCGACCCCGACGACGACGCCGCCUCCGCCGGCAAGCAACGGCAGUAGUGGUGGGUGGCUCAACGCCCGUGCGACAUGGUACGGCGCCCCCAACGGGGCGGGGCCCGACGACAACGGCGGCGCGUGCGGCUUCAAGGGCGUGAACCUGCCACCUUUCUCGGCGAUGACGUCCUGCGGCAACGAGCCACUCUUCAAGGACGGCAAAGGAUGCGGCUCCUGCUACCAGAUCCGUUGCAAGGCCCACCCUGCGUGCUCCGGCGUGCCGGAGACGGUGAUCAUCACGGACAUGAACUACUACCCCGUGGCCCCCUACCACUUCGACCUCAGCGGCACCGCCUUCGGAGCCAUGGCAAAAGACGACCGCAACGACGAGCUGCGGCACGCCGGCAUCAUCGACAUCCAGUUCAAGAGGGUUCCGUGCCAGUACCCUGGGCUGACGGUGACCUUCCACAUCGAGCGCGGGUCCAACCCCAACUACCUGGCGGUGCUGGUGGAGUAUGAGAACGGCGACGGCGACGUUGUCCAGGUGGACCUCAUGGAGUCCCGCCCCGACGACGGCGAGCCCACCGGCGUGUGGGAGCCCAUGCGCGAGUCCUGGGGCUCCAUCUGGAGGAUGGACACCCGCCGGCCGCUGCAGGGGCCCUUCUCCCUGCGCGUCACCAACGAGUCCGGCAAGACGCUGGUCGCCGACCAGGUCAUCCCAGCGGACUGGCAGCCCGACAACGUCUACAGCUCCAUCGUCCAGUUCGACUGA